AUGACAACUAGGAAUGGGAAGGUAGUAGGGAGUGACCCUUUAAUUGAGGAAGAACCCCAAGAAGGGGUGGAGUUAGAGAAUGAGGGUGAAAAACCCAAUGAGCCAUUGAGUGUUGAAAAGGAAAAACAUGUUGAGAUGCCCAAGGAAAAAGAAGCCACCCCCUUGCCCCUAAAUCGCCAACCUAGAGAGGAGAAGCUACCCUUUCCACAACGAUUUGUGAGAGCUAAACUUGAUGCCCAAUUUGGGAAUUUUUUGGAAGUCAUUAAGAAUUUGCAUAUUUCUGUCCUUUUUGUUGAUGCUAUGAAGAAAAUGCCCCACUAUUCCAAAUUUUUGAAAGAUCUUUUGAGUGUGAGAAGGGAGUGUGAGACGGUGAGUUUGACCGCCAAUUGUAGUGCAAUUCUUUCCAACAAACUACCUACCAAAUUGAAAGAUCCGGGUUACUUUUCCAUCCCUUGUUCUAUCAAUGGCAUUGAAUUUGAUAAAGCCUUGUGUGAUUUAGGAUCGAGUGUGAGUCUCAUGCCCUAUUUCGUCUACCAAAAGCUUAGUGUAGGAACCCUCUCUUCACUAACAUUACUCUCCAACUAG